AUGGAAUCUACCAAGUCCAGUCUUCCGUCCGACUUCCUUUGGAGCUUCGCAACGGCGGCCUAUCAAAUUGAGGGCGCUGUGAACGAGAACGGCCGAGGUCCAUCAAUUUGGGACACUUUUUGCAAGAUUCCCGGCAAGAUUGCGGGCUGCGCGUCGGGCGAUGUCGCAUGCGACUCGUAUCACCGAACACACAAGGAUAUCGCGCUAUUGAAGGCUUGCGGCGCGCCCGCGUAUCGCUUUUCCAUCUCGUGGUCUCGCAUUGUCCCACUCGGCGGCCGCAACGAUCCCAUCAAUGAGAAGGGCCUGCAGUUCUACUUGAAAUUCGUCGACAACCUCCUCGCUGCGGGCAUCACGCCCAUGGUCACUUUGUUCCACUGGGAUCUGCCCAAGGAGCUUCAAAAGCGCUACGGCGGGUUUCUUAACAAAGAGGAGUUCGUCGCGGACUUUGCCCACUAUGCGCGCGUGGUGCUCAAGGCCUUCGGCUCCAAGGUCAAGUAUUGGAUUACUUUCAAUGAACCCUGGUGCAGCAUUAUUCUCGGAUGCAACACGGGGUCCUUUGCUCCGGGCCGGACGAGCGAUCGCACCAAGAACCCUGUCGGCGACGGCUCUACCGAGCCGUGGAUUGUGGGACACAGUCUUUUGGUCGCCCACGGGGCUGCAGUCAAGAUCUACCGAGAAGAGUUCAAGGUGCAGGAUGGCGGUGAGAUCUGCAUCACGCUGAAUGGCGACUGGGCCGAGCCAUGGGACCCAGAAAACCCAGCAGACAUCGAAGCAUGCGACCUCAAGAUCGAGUUUGCCAUCUCGUGGUUCGCCGACCCCAUUUACCUCGGAAAACACCCGGACUGCAUGAUGCAGCAGCUGGGCGAGCGACUGCCGGCGACCCUUGAGGACAUUGCUCUGGUGCACGGCAGCAACGAUUUCUAUGGGAUGAACCACUACUGCGCGAACUACAUCCGCGCGAAGAUGGGCCCGCCUGAGCCGACCGACGUCACCGGGAACCUUGAACUGCUGCUGGAGGACAAGAACGGGCACAGUAUUGGGCCCGUGACGCAGUCGCCGUGGCUUCGUCCGCAUGCGCCGGGGUUCCGCACGCUACUCAAGUGGCUUAGUGAUCGUUAUGCGUUUCCCAAGAUAUAUGUUACGGAGAACGGUACCAGCGUGCUUGGUGAGAAUGACCUGCCGUUGGACCGUCUGCUGGAUUAUGAGUUCCGGGUCCAGUAUUUCCGUGACUAUAUUGGUGCUAUGGCUGAUGCGUAUACCAUGGACGGCGUCAAUGUGCGCGCCUAUAUGGCAUGGAGUCUUAUGGAUAACUUCGAGUGGGCCGAGGGCUAUGAGACUCGAUUCAGCGUGACCUAUGUCGACUACGAGAAUGACCAGAAGAGAAUCCCCAAGAAAAGUGCCAAGGCCAUUGGACAGAUCUUUGACGCUCUCAUUGAGAAGAAGUAA